AUGGCGUCGUCUCAGGUAGACGAGGUAGCAAACAAAUUCAACGAGUGCGCGCCACAGUCCGCCAAGAAUCUUGUUUCGAAAGCCCAAUCCAUCAUGAAGAAAGCAUCCGAACUAGCCCAUGAGCUGACGGCGGAAGCCCGAGUGAAGGGUCCACUUGCAGCCAUUUCCCAUGCCGGCACAAUCUCAAAACAGGUGGCAGUCAAUCAGCUUGUGGUGGUUUGGUACAAGGCCAACAAGCACCCGAUCAUGCACGGCUUGUUUGAAAUGGCUAUUCCAACUGCUGCUCACUGGUCGGAAAAGUACAACAAGCUGGUCAAGAACCUGAGCAAAAAAGGGUUUACUUUCAUGGGCUAUGUUCCUUUGGUCCCGGUUGAGGAAAUAUCGGUGGCGUAUAAACAGGUGGAGGCAGCUGAGGGCAAGAGUGAGUCGGACAAGGAAUAA